AUGCGCUCUCUCGCGCUGUGUCUGUCGCUCGCGCUCCUGUGCGCGUUUCUCCGCCGCACCGUCUCCGAGUUCUCCUCCUCCAAAGCCGACCUGGAUUACGAGUUCGGAGAUUACCGGGGCAAAUGGUGCAUCGACGACCACGGCUUCGUGUACAACAUCGGCGAGGUUUAUUACCCGGGGCGCACCGCGUGCCCGUGCACCUGCACGGAGGACGGACCGGUGUGCGUGCGACCCAAGUGCCCGCGCAUACACCCGCGCUGCACGCGCAUCAAGUACAAGUCUUGCUGUCCGGUGUGUGAGGCUAUCAGCAAGGUGUGUGUGUACGGAGGCAAAACAUACCGGAUAUUCGAGGAGUUCAGGUUAUCUCGGUGUGAGCGCUGUCGCUGUGAGCCCAGUGGUGAAGUCUACUGCAGCAUAUCGGAUUGUCCGGCUCUGCACUGUGUGAACCCUGUAUACGAACCCAGACACUGUUGCCCUGUGUGUAAGAGCGGUCCAAACUGCUUUGCGGGGAAUCGCAUCAUUCCGGCUGGAGAGCGCGUGGAAGUAGACGAAUCGACUGUCUGUUUCUGUACCUACAGAGACGGGACCUGGCAAACACACCCGCACGCCACGUGCGAACAGCACCAGCAGCCAGACGAAGACGUGUUCAAGCAGAUGGAGGAGCAGGAGAUAGAGCGAGAGAGGGAGAGAGAAAGGCAGAGAGAGAGAGAGCGCUUGCCCAGGUUGGAUGCUAUCCCAUAAUGGCUCGAGCUUACACGGCCUGGAGAAAAGCAACCUGCGCUGCACUGAGUGCCAACGCUGACCUCUUCCACCCCCUCCAGUCUCAAGACAUCCGGUCAAAAACACUUCGCAGACUGCAUUCUUUGAUACGUCUUGCAUUUACACUCCCAGGAAACAUGGUG